GAGUUUACUUUCAUUUUGACCAAACUUUGUGGCGCAGAUGAUUUUCUCCAUCUGAAGUUAAAGUUCACACACACACUCACACAAGAAGCUGAGGAAAAAGAAGCUUUAACUGAAGAACUUAGUCCCUUUCCUACACUGACAGGAGAGAGCUGCAGAGGGAUGAAGUUCAUGGGAAAAAAUCAAUGAAGGUAGAAAGUGUGUGUGAGCUGAUGUGAAUGUGAAUUCAGCAUCAUGAAUCAGUGUGAGGACAGAGAGGAGGGAGCCCUUCCCCCUAAAACCAGUCUGUGUGAGGACCAUGAGAUCCAGACCAAAGCUCAGAGAGUGGACCAGGAGAGCUCAGAGGUUCCCAGUGCUCAGUCUGCCCAGCAGCAUCAAACACACCUGGACUCCAUAUUUAUGCUGCUGGAGGAGAACAUUGUCACUUUUGUGAAGAAGGAGCUGAAGAAGAUCCACAAGGUUGUGAAUCCAGAUUACCCAGAAUGCUCAGAGAAUCAGAUGGAGGAUGAGGAGGUGUUGGACGGUGAGGAUGAAGAGCAGAGGAGGAGCAGCAGAGAGGCUUUUGUGAAUAUCACAGUGAACUUCCUGAGGAGAAUGAAGCAGGAGGAGCUGGCUGACUGUCUGCACAGCAGACAUUUUGCUCCUGUUUGUCAACGUAAACUUAAAUCUGCUAUGAAGAAGAAGUUCCAGUGUGUGUUUGAGGGGAUCUCUAAAGCAGGAAACCCAACCCUUCUGAAUCAGAUCUACACAGAGCUCUACAUCACAGAGGGAGGGACUGGAGAGGUCAAUGAUGAACAUGAGGUCAGACAGAUUGAAACAGCAUCCAGGAAACCAGCCAGACCAGAAACACGCAUCAGACAAGAAGACAUCUUUAAAGCUUCACCUGGAAGAGAUGGACCAAUCAGAACAGUGAUGACAAAGGGAGUGGCUGGCAUUGGGAAAACAGUCUUAACACAGAAUUUGACUCUGGACUGGGCUGAAGACAAAGCCAACCAGGACAUACACUUCACAUUUCCAUUCACGUUCAGAGAGCUGAAUGUGCUGAAAGAGAAAAAGUUCAGCUUGGUGGAACUUGUUGAUCAGUUCUUUACUGAAACCAAAGAAGCAGGACUCUGCAGGUUUGAAGAGGUCCAGGUUCUGUUCAUCUUUGACGGUCUGGAUGAGUGUCGACUUCCUCUGGACUUCCACAACACUGAGAUCCUGACUGAUGUUACAGAGUCCACCUCAGUGGAUGUCCUGCUGACAAACCUCAUCAGGGGGAAACUGCUUCCCUCUGCUCGCCUCUGGAUAACCACACGACCUGCAGCAGCCAAUCAGAUCCCUCCUGAGUGUGUUGACAUGGUGACAGAGGUCAGAGGGUUCACUGACCCACAGAAGGAGGAGUACUUCAGGAAGAGGUUCAGAGAGGAGGAGCAGACCAGAAGGAUCAUCUCCUACAUCAAGACUUCACGAAGCCUCCACAUCAUGUGCCGCAUCCCGGUCUUCUGCUGGAUCACUGCUACAGUUCUGGAGGAUGUGUUGAAAACCAGAGAGGGAGGAGGGCUGCCCAAGACCCUGACUGAGAUGUACAUCCACUUCCUGGUGGUCCAGUCCAAACUGAAGAAUGUUAAGUAUGAUGGAGGAGCUGAGACAGAUCCACACUGGAGUCCAGAGACCAGGAAGAUGAUUGAGUCUCUGGGAAAACUGGCUUUUGAGCAGCUGCAGAAAGGAAACCUGAUCUUCUAUGAAUCAGACCUGACAGAGUGUGGCAUCGAUAUCAGAGCAGCCUCAGUGUACUCAGGAGUGUUCACACAGGUCUUUAAAGAGGAGAGAGGACUGUACCAGGACAAGGUGUUCUGCUUCGUCCAUCUGAGUCUCCAGGAGUUUCUGGCUGCUCUUCAUGUCCAUCUGACCUUCAUCAACUCUGGAGUCAAUCUACUGUCACAAGAACAAUCAACCUCCCUGUGGUCUAAACUGUUCAGAGACAAACCUGAUCCAACACAGCUCUACCAGAGGGCUGUGGACAAGGCCUUACAGAGUCCAAAUGGACACCUGGACUUGUUCCUCCGCUUCCUCCUGGGUCUUUCACUUCAGUCCAAUCAGACUCUCCUACAAGGUCUGCUGACACAGACAGGAAGUGGCUCACAGACCAAUCAGGAAACAGUCCAGUACAUCAAGAAGAAGAUUGAAGAGACUCCCUCUGCAGAGCAAAGCAUCAACCUGUUCCACUGUCUGAAUGAACUGAAUGAUCGUUCUCUAUUGGAGCAGAUCCAACAAUCCCUGAGUUCAGGACGUCUCUCCACAGGUGAACUGUCUCCUGCUCAAUGGUCAGCUCUGGUCUUCAUCUUACUGUCAUCAGAAAAAGAUCUGGACGUGUUUGACCUGAAGAAAUACUCUGCUUCAGAGGAGGCUCUUCUGAAGCUGCUGCCAGUUGUCAAAGCCUCUAACAAAGCUCUACUGAGCAGCUGUAACCUCUCAGAGAGAAGCUGUGAAGCUCUGUCCUCAGUUCUCAGCUCCCAGUCCUCUAGUCUGAGACACCUGGACCUGAGUAACAACAAGCUGCAGGAUUCAGGGGUGAAGCUUCAUUCUGCUGGACUGAAGAGUCCACACUGUACCCUGGAGACUCUCAGACUGAGCAGCUGUAACCUCUCAGAGAGAAGCUGUGAAGCUCUGUCCUCAGUUCUCAGCUCCCAGUCCUCUGGUCUGAGACACCUGGACCUGAGUAACAAUGACCUGCAGGAUUCAGGAGUGAAGAUUCUGUCUGCUGGACUGAAGAGUCCACACUGUACCCUGGGGACUCUCAGGGUGGAGCCUGGUGGAGUCCGAUGCUUGAGACCAGGUCUGAGGAAGUAUUUCUGUGAACUCACCAUCGACACAAACACAGUAAACAGAGAGAUCAAACUGUCUGACAACAACAGGAAGGUGACACAUGUGGAGGAGGAUCAGUCAUAUCCUGAUCAUCCAGACAGAUUUGACCAGUGGCCUCAGCUGCUGUGUAGUAAUGGUCUGACUGGUCGCUGUUACUGGGAGGUUGAGUGGAGAGGAAUGGUUUAUAUAUCAGUGAGUUACAGAGGAAUCAGAAGGAAAGAAAACAGAGAAAACUGUUUGUUUGGAGAGAACGAUCAGUCCUGGAGUCUGAUCUGCUCUGAUGGUGGUUACUCUUUUUGUCACGAUAACAGAAUAACACCUGUCUCCUUCUCUUCCUCCUCUUCAUCACCUUCCUCUGUCUCUGACAGAGUAGCAGUGUAUGUGGACUGUCCUGCUGGUUCUCUGUCCUUCUACAGAGUCUCCUCUGACUCACUGAUCCACCUCUACACCUUCAACACCUUCAACCCCACAUUCACUGAACCUCUGUAUCCUGGGUUUGGGUUUGACGUCUGGUUGUCUGGUUCCUCCGUGUCUCUGUGUAGAGUGUAGCAGAGAGAGUCUCCUCCUGUUAGAGAAACUCUCUCACUGUUGAACAGAUAGUUCAGUCUGUACAUGUCUGUCUCUUUCACUCACACACACCUUUUCAGAUUCAUGUAUUAA